AAAUACUUGUCUGCACUCUUUCGUUUCUGCAGAUUGCAGAAUUUGGGGGUAAUUGCUCCGAUGCUUUCUUCAUCGCAGCAACUCUUUAUCACAGACCUGAAGAAGCUGUGUCCCUCGCCGUUUCUCUUCGUAGUGAAUCCAAGAACCAACGGUUAUGCGCCAGUUCUGGUUAAUUUCUUCUGGGAUCGAACCGUCGGCUAGAGAUCUUGAAACAGAUCAUUGAACACACGAAACCCCGAUUGAGCUAAAUGGAAUCCGACUCUAUCGCAGCAUCGUCUCCAAGUUCUGAUGCAACUACGUCUCAUUUGCCCAGUGUAUCUGUACUAUUAGAUGCUCUUGAGCAGUCUGCAACUACACCCAGGAUUGCAAAUGGUCUUUCACAGAGGCUGUUACGUUCGUUACAGCUUUCAAAUGAAAAUAAACUUUCUUUUAAAGCAUUGAAUGGAGCUUGUCGUGUGCUCAGAUUGGCUUGUAAUCAAGCUAGGGAAAGUAGGAAGCCCGGAUCUUUAGUCGAAAGUAGUGACAGUGGAGUUGUAGUUGAUUCACCUGUUAAGAAGUCUGAUUCAACAAGUCAUACAGAGGAUUGUUGGUUUGAGUGCGUGGAAUCAUGCGUUGGGAUUUUCACAGAGUUUUUCUCGUCGGCAGAUGAUGCAAAAGUUUAUGUUUUGCGAAGCUCUGUUUGUGUUGAUUGUCUUUUUGAGCUAUUUUGGGAAAAAGCCGUAAGAAACAAUGUGAUGAAACUUAUUAUUGAUCUCAUGAAGAUCAGGCCUUCGUGUGACGAAGACAAAAGCGCAAAAUCGCAAGUGUGUUCCAAAUAUCUAGAAACUUUCACUCAAGUGAAGGAAAGAGAAAAUGAUUUUGUUGACUUAUCUGUUGAUCUAUUGGCGGGUAUGAGGGAUUUGAUCAAGAUUAAUUCGAGGUAUUACCAAGCCCUGUUCCGUGAGGGGGAGUGUUUCUUACACAUUGUCUCUCUAUUAAAUGGUAAUCUUGAUGAAGCAAAUGGAGAGAAGUUGGUUUUAAAUGUCCUUCAGACUCUAACUUCCCUGCUUGCGAAUAAUGAUACGUCAAAGUUUGCAUUUAAAGCCCUUGCGGGCAAGGGUUAUCAGACACUGCAAAGCUUAUUGUUGGAUUUCUUCCAAUGGAAACCUACCCAAAGGCUCUUAGACGCGUUACUUGAUAUGCUUGUUGAUGGAAAAUUUGACGAUAAAGGCAGUGCUCUUAUAAAGAAUGAAGAUGUUAUCAUACUUUACUUAAAUGUACUUCAGAAGAGCAGCGAGUCUUUGCAGUGUUAUGGGCUAAAUUUGUUUCAGCAACUCCUUAGGGAUUCCAUAUCGAAUCGUGCUUCAUGUGUUCGGGCGGGAAUGCUUCACCUGCUUCUUGAUUGGUUUUCUCUGGAAAAUGAUGAUAGUGUAAUCUUGAAAAUAACACAGCUAACUCAGACAAAUGGUGGCCACAGUAUUUCUGGGAAGGAUAUACGUAAGAUAUUUGCACUUCUUCGGAGUGAAAGAGUGGGGAAUCAACAGAGAUACCGCUCACUUUUAUUGGCUUGUUUGUUGUCAAUGCUGAAUGAGAAAGGACCAACAGGCUUUUUUGACAUGAACGGGGUUGAUUCUGGGAUUGUAAUCAGAACAACCGUUCAGUGGCCUGCAAAUAAGGGGUUUUCCUUUUGCUGUUGGCUUAGGGUAGAAAGCUUUCCUGGAGAUGNCGUGAGAUUAGAACUUACCCUAUCUAUCUCUCUCUCUCUCUCGAAGAAAUCGUCAGACUCCUAUAAAAUGGUCACUUGUUUCUCUCUGAAUCUGAAACGGCAAUGUGUAAAUGUGCAUACCAACUUGGUCUGUAAAAAAUGGCAUUUUAUUUGUGUAUCUCAUAGUAUUGGAAGAGCAUUUUGGGGUGGAAGCCUCUUGAGGUGUUAUGUUGAUGGGGAUCUUGUGUCAUCUGAAAGAUGCAGCUAUCCCAAAGUUGCUGAUGUACUUACCAGCUGCUUAAUUGGUACAAGAAUCACCUUGCCACAAAUCCAAGAUAACGAUGGCCUGGAAUCGAUCCGAGAUGUUUUCCCGUUUUUUGGCCAAAUUGGCCCUGUUUACUUGUUUAAUGAUUCCUUGUCUUCCGAGCAAGUUCAGGCCAUUUAUUCGCUAGGACCAAGCUAUAUGUAUGCAUUCUUGGAGAAUGAGAUGACUGGUCCCUUUUCUGAUAAUCCAUUUCCGAGUGGUAUUCUUGAUGGAAAAGAUGGGCUUGCAUCUAAGGUUUCCUUUGGACUGAAUGCACAGACACAAUCUGAUAGAUGUGAAAGUGAAGCAUUUAAAGAGGAAAAUUCAGCUAUGCCAACAAAAGAGCGUAUGAUAGCAGAAGUUAUUGAACUUAUUGCGUCUGUCUUGGAUGAAAAUCCAGCAAAUCAGCAACAGAUGCAUCUUCUCUCUGGAUUCCCCAUACUAGGAUUUUUGUUACAGUCUAUUCAACCGAAGCAGCUCAAUCUAGAGACGCUUUCAUCCUUGACACACCUAUUCAACGUUAUUUCAAGCUCUGGGUUUGCUGAGCAGCUUGUGGAGGAUGCGAUAUCUAGCAUUUUCCUGAAUCCUCACAUUUGGCUCCAUGCGGCCUAUAAUGUGCAGCGUGAACUUUACAUGUUUCUCAUCCAACAGCUAGAUAAUGAUCCACGACUUCUGGGAAGCCUUUGUCGACUCCCAAGAGUUAUCGACAUAGUAUGGAACUUUUACUGGGAAUCUGAAAAAUACCUUAAAGGAAGCAAAACUCUUAUGCAUCCAGCUCGGACUAUUACAGAAAGACCAAGUAAAGAUGAAAUUCAUAAAAUUCGUCUCCUUUUGCUGAGCCUAGGUGAAAUGAGUCUGAGGCAGAAUAUCUCAUCAGGGGACGUGAAAGCUUUGACAGCAUUUUUUGAGACAUGCCAAGAUGUAGCAUGUAUCGAAGAUGUUCUGCAUAUGAUUAUCCGUGCCAUUUCUCAAACAUCAGUCCUUGUUUAUUUUCUUGAACAAGUCAAUCUUAUCGGUGGAUGUCACAUUUUUGUCAAUCUUCUGCAGAGGGAUUACGAGCCUAUAAGGUUACUCGGCUUGCAGUUCCUUGGAAGGCUUCUUUAUGAUAUUCCUUCCGAGAAAAAAGGACCUAAGUUUUUCAAUCUUGCUGUUGGAAGAACUAAGUCUCUAUCACAAGGCCAUAAGAAAAUUGGUUCUAGAACGCAACCAAUUUUUUUGGCCAUGUCUGAUAGGUUGUUUCAAUAUCCUCAGACAGAUAACUUGCGUGCGACCUUGUUUGAUGUGCUUCUUGGGGGGGCCAGCCCAAAGCAGGUUUUGCAGAAACACAACCAGGUUGAUAAGCUCAAAGGCAAACCAAGCAGCUCUCACUUUUUUCUUCCACAAGUUUUUGUUUUUAUUUUCGAAUUCCUGUCCGGCUGCAAGGAUGGAUUAGCACGAAUGAAAAUAAUCAGUGACAUACUCGAUCUUCUAGAUUCAAAUCCUAUGAAUGUUGAAGCUUUGAUGGAAUUUGGAUGGAGUGCAUGGUUAUCAGCGUCUGUGAAACUUGAUGUUAUAAAAGACUACAGAUCUGAGUUGAUUAAUCAUGAUGACUUGGCAUUAAAUGAGCAACAUUUUGUCAGAGGUCUCUUUUGUGUUGUUCUCUGCCACUAUAUUUUAUCUGUGAAGGGAGGUUGGCAGCAGCUAGAAGAAACUGUGAAUUUCAUACUCUUGCAGAGUGAGCAUAAUGAUGCCCCAUACCGGUCUUUUCUCCGCGAUCUCUAUGAGGACUUGAUUCAGCGUUUGGUGGAACUCUCAUCUGAAGAUAAUAUCUUCCUUUCGCAUCCAUGUCGCGACAAUGUACUGUAUCUCUUGCGGCUCGUUGAUGAGAUGCUUGUCCGUGAAUUUGGCAGUAGGCUCCUGUUUCCAGCAAUUAGCACUGAUUUUUCAGAGGAUUUAUUACAACUUGGAAAUCGUGAAGACCACAGUUUGGGGCUAGACGAAAAUUUUCAACAAUUUUUGACGGAAGAAACCUCUAGAAACACAGAAAGUCAGCAGUCUUGCACCACAGUAACUGAACUUAUGACCAAUGAAAGAUGGUGGAAUUUGUAUGACAAUUUGUGGAGAAUAAUAUGUGAUAUUAAUGGAAGGGGUCCGGUCAAGAUAUCUCCCAAAUCUUCGGCUACUGGUCCCUCUAUUGGCCAAAGAGCAAGAGGUUUAGUAGAAUCAUUGAAUGUUCCAGCUGCUGAAAUGGCCGCAGUUGUUGUGUCAGGAGGGAUUGGCAGUGCAUUGAGUGGAAAAAUGAACAAAACCGUUGAUAAAGCCAUGCUCCUAAGGGGGGAGAAAUGCCCGCGAAUCGUGUUUAGGCUCGUCACCCUUUAUCUGUGCAUGUCUUCGCUCGAAAAAGCCACUAGAUGUGUACAGCAGGUGACCUCACUCUUGCCUUCCUUUUUAGCUGCCGAUGAUGAACAAAGCAAGAGCAGAUUGCAUCUCUUUAUUGGGUGUUUGCUGUAUGUGAGACACCAGUAUGGAAAGUUAGAUGACGGGGCUCGUUUUCAUGUCAUAUCACACUUGAUACGUGAAACUGUUAGUUGCGGAAAGUCCAUCCUUGCCACCAGUGGUAUGAUUAAGGAUGACAGCUCUGAUUCUGGUGGAAUCUUCAAAGAAAUGGGCUCUAUCCAGAAUCUUAUACACAAAGACCGUGUGCUUGCUGCAAUCACUGAUGAAACAACAUACAUGAAAACAUUGAUAUCUGAUCGUACUCGUCAAGUGCAAGCCCUUUCUGAAAGAAAUAAUGAAACAUCGUCUUUAGAAUGCAACAGCAGGAAAGCUUUUGAUGAUGAGCUGAAAAACUCGUUAAAAACUGUUCUUACAUGGGACGAAAAUAGACGAGUUGCAGUGCAAUUAAGCCAUGAAGAGCAACAGCAAAAUGUUACUGAGAAAUGGAUUCACAUGCUGCGAUCUUUGAUGGAUGAGAGAGGUCCUUGGUCUGCAACUCCUUUUCCUAAUAGCAUUUUAAACCACUGGAAACUCGACAGGACAGAAGAUUCUUGGAGGCGUAGACCAAAAUUGAGACGAAAUUAUCAUUUUGACGAAAGGCUGUGUCACCCACCUUCUACUUCCACCGCCACUGAAAAUGAGACUUUAAACGUUAGUAAUGAAAGCAAGUCUGGUGUAAUACAUAUACCCGAACAGAUGAAGAGAUUUUUACUAAAAGGCAUUCGCAGGAUAACUGAUGAGGGUGGCCCAGAAUCCUGUGAGAACGACAGCAGUCAAAGUGAGCAAAGUUUCAUGGAUACUUCUGCAGAUAUCCAGUUCUCGGAGCUUGUGAGAACCAGCAGUGGCCUCAAGGAUGUCGUACAGGAUAAAGUGGAUGCAUCCUCUCUAGAAGUUGAUACCAGCGAGGUGUUGACAUCAGUUCCUUGUGUUCUUAUAACUCCGAAGAGGAAACUGGCUGGUUGGUUGGCAGUUAUGAAAAAUGUUUUGCAUUUCUCUGGGGAGUUUUUGGUGGAAGGAACUGGUGGAUCAGCCGUCUUCAAGAACUUUAGCACUACAAAGGGUAGUGAUGUAACAAAGGCUGACAAUAAACAGAACCUUGUCAAAUGGUCUUCACCUUAUGAUAGUGAGACAUUCCUAGAUUUGGAAUCAGGAAACAACAAUAAGAAACCAUUAAAAAAGGUUAAGCGCCACAGAAGAUGGAAAAUAGGGAAGGUGAAAGGUGUUCAUUCGACGCGGUAUUUGCUUCAAUACACAGCUCUGGAGAUUUUCUUCCAGGAAUCUGUACCCCCAGUCUUUCUAAAUUUUGCGUCGCAAAAGAAUGCAAAGGAGGUCGGGAUGUUAAUUGUUUCUACCAGGAACGACUUCCUGUUCCCGAAGAAUGUUGCUAGGGAUAGGACUGCAAUUAUUUCGUUUGUCGACAGACGUGUAGCUAUGGAGAUGGCAGAAACAGCCAGAGACAGAUGGAGAAGGAGAGAGAUUACAAACUUUGAAUACUUGAUGAUUCUCAAUACCCUUGCAGGCAGAUCUUAUAAUGAUUUGACUCAGUAUCCUGUUUUCCCUUGGGUAGUGGCUGACUACUCAUCAGAGACUCUUGAUUUUAGCAAAGCGUCUACCUUUCGUGAUCUUUCUAAACCGGUUGGAGCUUUAGAUACAAGAAGGUUUGAGAUUUUUGAGGACAGAUAUCACAGCUUCUCUGACCCUGAUAUACCCAGUUUCUAUUACGGAUCCCAUUAUUCAAGUAUGGGAAGUGUGUUGUAUUACCUUUUGAGGUUAGAGCCGUUUACAUCCCUUCAUCGUAGUCUACAGGGUGGUAAAUUUGAUCACGCAGAUCGUCUUUUCCAAAGUGUUGAGGGGUCCUUUCGGAAUUGCUUGUCCAAUACAAGCGAUGUAAAAGAAUUGAUCCCUGAGUUCUUCUACAUGCCUGAAUUUCUGGUGAAUUCUAACUCUUACCAUCUUGGAGUGAAACAAGAUGGUGAACCUCUUGGAGAUGUUUGUCUACCUCCAUGGGCUAAGGGUUCUCCAGAGAUGUUCAUUGCUCGUAAUAGAGAAGCCCUAGAGAGCGAGUAUGUUAGUUCUCAUCUCCAUGAUUGGAUUGACUUGAUAUUUGGACACAAACAGCGUGGCAAACCAGCUGUGGAGGCAGCAAAUAUCUUUUACUACCUUACAUAUGAAGGUGCUGUCGACCCCGAAAAUAUGGAAGAUGAAUUGCAAAUAUCAGCAAUAGAAGAUCAGAUAGCUAAUUUUGGUCAAACUCCCAUCCAAAUUUUCCGGAAGAAACAUCCAAGAAGAGGGCCACCUAUUCCAAUUGCACAUCCGUUGUCCUUUGCGCCUGCUUCCAUUAAUUUGACUUCUAUUCUUCCCGCUACAACUCAUCCCCCAUCAGCAGUUCUAUAUGUUGGUGUAGUGGAUUCAAAUAUAGUUCUCGUUAACCAAGGUCUAACUUUGUCAGUCAAGAUUUGGUUGACAACUCAACUACAUUCUGGCGGAAAUUUUACUUUUUCUAGCGCUCAGGAUCCAUUCUUUGGAGUUGGUUCUGAUGUUCUCUCUCCCCGUAACAUUGGAAGUCCCCUAGCAGACAAUGUUGAACUCGGAUCACAGUGCUUUGCCGCAAUGCAUGCACCACUGGAAAAUUUUCUGGUUUCAUGUGGAAACUGGGAGAACAGUUUUCACGUCAUAUCCUUGUCUGAUGGACGGGUAGUCCAGAGCAUCCGACAUCAUAAAGAUGUCGUAAGUUGUGUUGCAGUGACUGCUGAUUCGAGUAUCCUUGCUACUGGUAGCUAUGACACGACUGUGAUGGUGUGGGACAUUCUCCGCAUGAGAACACCUGAAAAGAGGGUCAAAAAUACGCAGGCAGACGUAAUGCGGAAAGAUAUUGUCCUCGCCGAUGCUCCUUCUCAUAUUCUUUGCGGUCAUGAUGAUAUCAUAACCUGCCUAUACGUCAGCACUGAUCUUGAUAUAGUCAUUAGUGGGUCAAAAGAUGGAACCUGUGUAUUCCACACAUUGCGGGAAGGAAGAUACAUAAGAUCUUUAAAACAUCCUUCAGGCAGUGCAGUGUCGAAGCUUGCUGCAUCGCACCAUGGACGAAUUGUUUUGUACGGUGAUGAUGAUCUUAGUCUGCACCUCUACUCCAUUAACGGAAAACAUCUGGCUAGCUCGGAGUCAAAUGGACGCAUCAACUGUCUUGAACUUAGUAAAUGUGGAGAGUUCUUGGUCAGUGCCGGUGACCAAGGACAGAUAGUUGUCCGGUCUAUGAACACACUUGACGUAGUAAGAAGGUAUAAUGGAGCGGGAAAAAUAAUCACUUCUCUAACUGUAACUCAGGAAGAGUGUUUCUUAGCAGGGACAAAAGAUGGAGCCCUUCUUGUUUAUUCUAUCGAGAAUCCUCAACAUUGGAAACCGAGCCCAAUCUGGAGCACAAAAUCCUGAUUCUAUCUUGUGUAUGUAAAUUUAUGUCCGAUUAAUCCAUUGGUUUAGCAAUGGGGUUCUAGAUUUUGGGCUAAUCUUGUGUUCUGCAGAGGGGACUUGACACUUUUCACUGCCUUGUAAAUGUGCAAUAUAUCUCAUCUUAAGCAGUUAAGAUGCAUAGACAAUAGAGAGAUGUUAAUUGAUGUAACAAUACUAUACUAGACAAUAGAGAUGUGCUUGAAGAGGUGAUACGAUUAGUAUACAAUUAAUCUUGCUUAAUA